GCAUCGUGACGCUUUUCGUCGCAGCGGAUCAGGAGACUUCGGCUCCGCUCGGAGAAACACGCGGGACUGUAUGGUGGAGAACCGUUUCACACCUUUACCUUUUUUCUGCGGACCGGCUGCAUGAUUAAGCUACAAUCUUCAAUGAGUAAGCAUAUCCCACAGUUCUGUGGUGUUCUGGGUCGCACAUUUAUGGAGUUUCUGAAGGGCAGUGGGGACUACUGCCAGGCUCAGCACGCUGCCUAUGCAGACGAGUGAACGGCCGAACCCGCCAUCCAUCCCGCGCACUUGAGCCACAGCGGGGACCCCGGCUAGUUGGCAGGACCGGGACGCCUCCCACAACCAGCGACAACUCGGCCUGGAUGGGGUAACUUCACCCGCUGCACACUGCCCUCGUCGGCUCUCCGCCUGGCCCGAGUCGAGGUGGAACCAGCCCCCCUUUUCCUUUCUUUUCUUUUAUUCCCAAGGAGAGGGUUUUGAGUUAUUUUCCCUUUCUUUCAACCUUCAACUACCUACGUUUUCACAUUGGCCCGUUGCACCCUUCAUUUCCCCCCCCCCUUUUUUUUAAGCCAACCUCAAAAAAGACGGGAGGAUUUUUGUUUCCUGGGUUUCUAAAAGCUCGUUGGACGUUUCUGUUUUGACAUUAGUGUUUUUACUCUGCGGAGGACCUUUUGGGUUUCGUUUCCUUUUUUACGUUGUCACAAUGGCUCGUAUGAACAGACCGGCCCCUGUGGAGAUCACCUACAAAAACAUGAGGUUCCUCAUUACCCACAAUCCCACCAACGCCACCCUGAACAAGUUCAUCGAGGAGCUGAAGAAGUACGGAGUGACCACCGUCGUGCGAGUUUGUGAGGCCACUUAUGACGCCACUCUGGUGGUGAAAGAAGGGAUCCAAGUCCUGGAUUGGCCGUUCGAUGACGGAGCUCCUCCCUCCAACCAGAUCGUGGACGAUUGGCUGAACCUGCUGAAGCUGAAGUUCAGGGAGGAGCCGGGCUGCUGCGUGGCGGUGCACUGUGUGGCCGGUCUGGGCAGAGCCCCGGUUCUGGUCGCGCUCGCCCUGAUCGAAUGUGGGAUGAAAUAUGAAGACGCUGUCCAGUUCAUACGACAGAAGCGCCGCGGAGCGUUCAACAGCAAGCAGCUGUUCUACCUGGAGAAAUAUCGUCCAAAGAUGCGCCUGCGCUUCAAAGAUUCCAACGGCCAUCGCAAUACCUGCUGCAUCCAGUAGAGCCAACCCCCCCCUUCCAUUUUAACCAUGCCUGCUUGCUGCCUGGCAGGCUUGUUUUCAUAGUCGUUGUGUUGAAGUAUUUUAUUUUGGUAAACCAUGUUCGCGGUAAGUCAAACUGACCCCCUCCCCCCCCCCCUUUAUUAAAGUAAAUUGAGUCAUGUAAUCUGGAAGCCCCAUAUUUUCUCCUCCUCAUAAACCCGCUAAGAGGGGCAGCGCGUGUCAUCGUUUUAACUGCUGGAUGAAACGUUUUCCUCGUUUACGAACCCUGAGAACGUCCUAAAAGACGUCGGCUAAUUCGUGUCCCGCUCAAUUUUCUUCCGGUCCCGUUUUCCAGACUGACGAGAAAGAGGAAUGCCUUCCUUCAAAUAGAUGGUUCAUCCGUUAAUGCCUUACAAUCGGAGUGAGACGGAGGCCGAGGGGGCGGAGUCUAACCGCCCGCCGGCAUUUGAAAAAAGGUGUUUUCAUUUUUCUACUCAGAGCAAAAAAAAAAAAAAACAACGGAACAAAAAAACCUAGAAAUCGUUGCCUUUGUCUUGUGCAGGAAGUCUCACUUUCAGUAACUAUUUUUAAUAUACAAUGCUUAAGUGUUGCAAUAUUUGUCAAUUGAAAGUCUAGGAAUUUUAUUUCUUUUCUCUAUCAAACCUUCUGUUUACUAAUUAACUGCCAUAUCCACAAUGUGAUUUAGUUUUUCUAUUUAAUUUUUUUAAUUUCAGGUUUUUUUUUUUUUCAGAUUUUAUUUUGCUUCAAACUGGACUUCCAACGUCUGCGAUAUUUUGUAUCUCUUUUUAUUUGACGUCCGUAACUUAAGACUUGGAUACUUGAUGAUUUUAUGUAUUUGGAAAUGUGUUAUUAUUAUUAGGUUGGCUAUUUAUACUAUCAAUGGAUGUGUGAUUUAGUACCGUGAGCGACAACGUUGUACCUGUUCACCAACCUGUGAGUUCAUUAAAUGAUUCCCUGAUGGGCAGAUCCGU